AUGCAUCUAUAUCCCAUCCUCGGUAUUGUCUCUUCGCUGUUCACAACUCUUGUGGUCGCGAAUCCUGUGAAGUCAGCAUGGCCGUCAGAGGGCAAUGGGGCGCAUCCCUUUUCGAACAGCACAACCACGUCAAUAGGCCCAGCCAGGCCAACAUCAUCGUCAGCAGCAGCACCGCCACCGUCGUGUACAGCAUAUUUUGAGCCCACGGCGCCUCCAUAUCUGAAUGACCUUGCGAAGGCGGCCGGCAAACUAUGGUUCGGUAGCGCAACAGAUCAGCCUGGCUCUGGAGAGGACGAGAACAUAUUGUACCAGACGAUCUUGAACAACACCAACAUCUUUGGCCAAAUCACCCCAGCCAACUACAUGAAGUUCUUUGCCACCGAGCCUGAACAAGGUGUCUUCAACUUCACAGGCGGGCAGGUGGAUGUCGACAUUGCCAAAGAUCAUGGCAAAUAUCUGCGAUGUCACAACCUUGUGUGGGUUUCGCAGCUCAGCGAAUGGGUCGUCAAUGGCACCUGGACCCCCGAUACUUUGACCGCAGUUAUGGAGAACCACAUCAAGACUUUGAUCACUCACUGGCAGGACGUGUGUUAUUCUUGGGACGUUGUGAAUGAGGCACUCGCCUCCAAUGGGAGCUUUGCUUCCAGCAUCUGGUACGACACAAUCGGCCCAGAGUACUUUUUCCUUGCCUACCAGUUCGCUCAGGAAGCGGUUGAGGCGACUGGUAAAGACAUCAAGCUGUACUAUAACGAUUAUGGCAUCGAAGACACUGGAAAUAAGACGCAGGCCUUGUAUGGCCUGAUCGGAGAGCUGAAGUCUCGAGGCAUCCGGAUCGACGGGGUGGGCCUCGAAUCUCACUUCAGCGUUGGCGAAACCCCCAGCCUGGCAGAUCAAGUCGCGGCUAAACAAGGCUACAUUGACCUUGGGCUUGAGGUCGCAGUCACAGAACUGGACGUCCGAUUUGUCGAGGCCAAUGCCACCAAUGCCACCGGGUUUGCGAUCCAGGCCCAAAACUAUUACGACUCAGUCUCCAGCUGCGUCCAAGUUGAUGGCUGUGUGGGCGUCACAGUGUGGGAUUUCGACGAUCAGUACUCUUGGAUCCCGUCCUCAUUUCCAGGCCAGGGAGCGGCGGACCUUUACAAUGCGGAUUUUACCCGGAAGCCUGCAUAUUAUGCGGUGGCAGAGGCUUUGCAGAGUGUUCCGUGCUCAGUCUGUUCGGCGUAG